GUACUUCUCUACGUUGUGUCAACCAGAAGAUACCUCCACCCGGGCCCAGCAUCGUGUUUCUGGUGGGGUCGUCUCCGUUUCUGGUCUCCAAAGAAAACGGCCCUGCCCCCAGUAUUCCUUCUCCUCAAUGGCGCAACUAUGAAAUUACCUCUGUGUCUGGACUCGGGAAAGAACAGAAGACGGACGGCUGACAUUGGGUCCCGUAUGGAGAUGGCACUUGCCCACUCGAGUCGACGAGCAAAUCGGCGAAUCAUCGACAGAUAUCACAACUGCUCCUUCCUCGAGGUUCGAGAGUCUGAGGUACACCCUUCGGUUCCUCCUUCUUCUCUUUGUACCUCGAGUAAGGUACCUGAAGAGGGUACUUACUUGGCUCUUGCCCCCCGCUCCUUGUUCUUUCCCUUUAUCCUCUCAAACGGUGGGUCCCUUAUCUGUGGAGACGCUUAUCCGUCUUGCCCAAGGAAACCACGGCACUCCCGACACUUCCGUUUGCGGUCUGCGGUAUCUGGCGCAGCUCUGGCCCGAAAUCCCCCGCCCACGCCCGUCUCAAACUCUCGCUGA